AUGUCUACCGCAGCAAUUAGCACAAAUGAAUUGACACUUUUGGAUAAAACAGUUGUUGUUUCACCAUUGGUUUUAUUAUCCGUAGUGGACCACUAUAACAGAGUUGCCAAAGACUCCAAGAAAAGAGUAGUUGGUGUGAUAUUAGGUGAUAAUUCAACAGACACUAUCAAAGUGACCAAUUCUUAUGCAAUUCCAUUUGAAGAAGACGACAAGAAUCCAGGUGUUUGGUUUUUGGAUCAUAACUUCAUAGAUUCUAUGGGUGAAAUGUUUAAAAAGAUCAAUGCUAAAGAAAAGUUAAUUGGUUGGUACCACUCAGGACCAAAAUUAAAAUCAUCAGAUUUAAAAAUUAAUGAAGUUUUCAGAAGAUAUACUACAGAUCCAUUAUUAUUAAUUGUUGAUGUUCAUCCAAGAGAAGUUGGAAUUCCUACAGACGCCUAUUUUGCAGUUGAUGAUAUUAAGAAUGAUGGAUCUUCAACUACCGAAAAGACAUUUGUUCAUGUACCAUCCAUAAUUGAAGCUGAAGAAGCUGAAGAAAUUGGUGUUGAACAUUUGUUAAGAGAUAUAAGAGAUCAAGCAGCUGGUAAUUUAUCCUUGAGAGUUACCCAGACUUAUCAAUCUUUAUUAGGUUUACAUCAGAAACUUAGAGAAAUUGCUAAUUAUUUGGACAAAGUUUACUCUAAGAAAUUACCUAUAAAUCAUACUAUUUUGGGUAAAUUACAAAAUGUGUUUAACUUGUUACCAAAUUUAGUACAACCAUUGGGUGCUGAUAAGUCAAAUGAUUCAAGUAAUGCUUUGGCAAGUGCUUUUACAAUUAAAACAAACGACGAAUUGAUGAUCAUAUACAUUAGUACCUUGGUUCGAGCUAUUAUAGCAUUCCAUGACUUGAUUGAAAACAAGUUGGAAAAUAAGAAAUUGAAUGAAAACAAAAACUCAAACACAUUAGCUGAUUUAUCAUUGAAUGAUGAUAAAAAGGAAUCCAUAGAAGAGUAG